AUGGACUCUAAGGUUCCCGUCAAGCUCGCUAAGGUCACUAAGGUUUUGGGCCGUACCGGUUCCCGUGGUGGUGUCACCCAGGUCCGUGUUGAGUUCAUGGACGACCAGUCCCGUUCCAUCAUCCGUAACGUCAAGGGUCCCGUUCGUGAGAACGACAUCCUUUGCCUUCUCGAGUCUGAGCGUGAGGCCCGUCGUCUCCGUUAA